UACAACCGAGAAGGAGGCUACGUGUAGUGGCAUGUGGUUGACGUCUUAUAAAAGGUGAACCGUCUUCCGAAAACAGCAGAUCAGUUUCAUCCUUCGCUUGGAGAACACAGCUCACAGUUCCAGUAGCCAAAAAAAAACUCGAAAUCCUCAAGAUGAUGUCCACACGUUUCGUCGUUGCUAUCGUCGCUGCCCUCUUCGUCCUCGCCAUCGCCGUGGACGCAGCCUACAAGAAACCACCGUUCAACGGCAGCAUUUUCGGCAAACGAUCCAACACCGUCACUGAUUACGACAUUAGCAGCCGAGCCAUGUCAUCCAUCUGUGAGACCGUCACCGAAACAUGCAACGCCUGGCUGUCCCGCCAAGAAUUCAACUGAAGAUAUCGAACCGACCAUGAACCAGCUCGAUGCGCUCCAAAAGCUGUUAAUGUUGCUUAGCCACUUUAUUAAAGUCUAAUACUACGAUCGAUACGCAAAUUCCUCAUUCAUGAAUUUCUUCGACGCGUUUGGGUUCGUCGCAUCGUCCAUGUCACAAGUUCUUGCAUAAUCAUGUAAUAUCAAGCUUCGAUUAGUGUACACUACUCUGUAAUAUUUUCUCGUAUAAUAAACCAUGACAUUUUAUUAAAAUUAA